GCUGGUUGCCAGUGCAGUUCUGCCUUGCUUCCUUCUCUUUAUAUAGCAGCAACAUUAUCAAGGUGGUGCUUUUAGGAACAUCCAGGGAGCAAGGACUUGUUCAAAUUUUGAAUGGAUUAAAUCAUAUACAUGUGUGAUGGAGCCUUCACUUUCCUGUGUGUCUGGAUACUUUGUGACCUUUCUCCUCUUAGAGAUGGUGCUCACCUCGGAACAGUUCACUGUGCAUACUUCCAGGAGCCGCCAGGUGGUCCUGGCAGGCGGGCACACUGAGCUCAGCUGCCAGCUUUCCCCACCAGAGAGUGCGGAACACAUGCAGGUGGGCUGGUAUCGGGAUCACUACCAGCCAAUUUCCAUUUACAAGAAGGAGAAAAAACUCUCUGGAAAAAGCACUCAGAACUAUACAAAUCACACAGUGCUCCUGAAGGAUGCCCUGGGAGAGGGCAAAAUGACCCUCAGGAUCCAUAAUGCCAGUAUUACUGAUGAGGGGAAGUACCACUGUUUCUUUAAAGAUGGUGACAUCUCUGAAGAGGCCGUCGUGGAUCUGAAGGUAGCAGCUCUAGGCUUGGAUAUACAGAUUAAUGUUCAUGUUCCUGACACAAAAGGGCUUGUGGUGGAGUGUAACUCGGGAGGGUGGUACCCACAACCCCAGAUGAAGUGGAGAGACAGCAGAGGGAAUAUAGUUCCAGCCUCAUCAAAAACCUUCUCUGAGGAUAGAGCUGGAUUAUUGCACCUGAAGACAAGCGUUCUUCUAAAGAACAGUACCCAUGGUCCUAUCACUUGCUGCUUUCAUAACCCAGUUACUAGUCAAGAGAAAAGGGCAAGUAUUGUCCUACCAGAUAUCCUGUUAACAUCCGAGUAUAUGUCGACAAUGAGGCGUAUAGAGUCGUGGCUCCUGAUGUAUGCAGUACUCUUUGUGCAUUUUCUUCUGUGUUUGAGAUUAAAAGAUAUACAAAAAAACUGUCACAUUUUUUUUAAAAUUGUGUUUGAGUGUUUACCAUUCCUGAUGCAUGCUAGCAUCUUUCCUGUCUACUGGCAUCUGCGGGAUAAAGACUCUGUUUUGGAUGGCCUAGCCCCAUUUUAUAGUACUUGGAUGUGUGAUAUGUGUUUGAUCCUAGGUUCACUGAUGGCAUUUUUCACCCUACUCAUUUUUGGUCUCCUUUAUACCCUGAAAGAUAUUUCACAAGAAUGGACAUCUGACUACUCAUCUGAAACACAGGACUUGAGGACAGUAGAACCAGCAAUGUAAACUUUGAGGAGAAGGCAUUUUGGACCAAGAACCCGUACUUUUGUACAGAGCCAAAUAAUUACAAUGAAUGAGAGCAAAAUAAAAAAAUUCAUAGAUAUUUUGUAGUCUUUCAGUAUAUUUAUUACAUAUGUAUUUUCCUUGCAAAUUUACAUGAGAAAUUACCUAGGCCAAAUGUAAUCACACCAUAAUUAACAUCUCAAGCAACAGAAUACCUAUAUGUAGAAAAACUGAUAAGCUAAGAAACAAAUAAAUGUACAUAAAAUCCUGCAAUAAUUCCAAUGUACCAUAAUCAGCUAUAUAAAUGGACUUAAAUCUCUGAUUUUUAAACUGAGACUAAAAUUUGAUAAAAUUACAAAAUAAAAGAUUUUUGAUUCAUGA